CAUCUUUGUUAAAUACUCAAUAGGAAUUAAGGCUUUGAGAUUUUGGUGUCAUUUGGAUAUUUUUGGUGACUUCGUAAAAGUUUCAGUUGAAGUGGUAAAGGGAAGAAUGAAAAUUUUAAGGGGUUCAGGAGUUAAUGGUUCACUAGGAAGUGCCAGUUUCUCUUUAAAACUGUGGUCUGUUGACCACAGCUUUGAAGCAGUGUAGCCUAGCAAAAAAUAAUUUAUUUCCAUAUAGUGGUAAAUAUGUGUUGAACUCUGUUAAACUUCUAAGGUGACUCUUCCUGUGCUGUAUUUGUUUUUGCAAAGAUAAGUAAAAAUUCUGUAACCAUGCUAUUAAUUUGGGGGUCUUCCUUAAUUUUUUAGUUGGACAGUUGAUAUUAUUAUGGCUUAAUGUGUUAAAGCUGGAGCUCAGUAUUCUCAAUUUUACUAUAUGGUUCAUAGUCUGUGUUAUGGAAUAAUGAGGUUGGUGAUAGAUUGCUUUGGAACACUUUAAGAGUCUGGGCUUGGCAAAGUAUUUUCCAGUGUAAACUAAAGGGUAAUGGGGACCGAAGUGACAGUGUUUGCUUAAAUCAAGACACAUUACCAGAUAGAUGAAGGGUGGCAUGGUCAGAGGCCAUAGGUUUAAUACCCAAAUUUUGGAAUUUUUGAGUAAUUUGCUGUGGAGACAAUGGAACAAAACACUUGAAUUUGGGAUUGACCUGUAAAAUCUGGAGCCAACAGUUUCAUGAGUUAAAUGGUUAGAGGACCAGAAUGAUUGAGGAAGAGAUGAAAGAAAAGCGAUUAAGAAGAUUGUCUACCAAAUAUAGAACAGAAAAGAUUUAUCCUACAGCCACUGGAGAAAAAGAAGAAAAUGUUAAAAAGAACAGAUACAAGGACAUACUGCCAUUUGAUCACAGCCGAGUUAAGUUGACUUUAAAGACUCCUUCUCAAGAUUCAGACUAUAUCAAUGCAAAUUUUAUUAAGGGUGUUUAUGGGCCAAAAGCGUAUGUGGCAACCCAAGGACCGUUAGCAAAUACAGUAAUAGAUUUUUGGAGGAUGAUAUGGGAGUACAAUGUUGUAAUCAUUGUAAUGGCCUGUCGAGAAUUUGAGAUGGGAAGGAAAAAAUGUGAACGCUAUUGGCCUUUGUAUGGAGAAGAACCUAUAACAUUUGCACCAUUUAAAAUUUCUUGUGAAGCUGAACAAGCAAGAACAGACUACUUCAUUAGGACACUCUUACUUGAAUUUCAAAAUGAAUCUCGUAGGCUGUAUCAGUUUCAUUACGUGAACUGGCCAGAUCAUGAUGUUCCCUCAUCAUUUGAUUCCAUUCUGGACAUGAUAAGCUUAAUGAGGAAAUACCAAGAACAUGAAGAUGUGCCUAUUUGUAUUCAUUGCAGUGCAGGCUGUGGAAGAACAGGUGCCAUUUGUGCCAUAGAUUAUACAUGGAAUUUACUAAAAGCUGGGAAAAUACCAGAGGAAUUCAAUGUAUUUAAUUUAAUACAAGAAAUGAGAACACAAAGGCAUUCUGCAGUACAAACUAAGGAGCAGUAUGAGCUUGUUCACAGAGCAAUUGCCCAACUGUUUGAAAAACAGCUACAACUGUAUGAAAUUCAUGGAGCCCAGAAAAUUGCUGAUGGGGUGAAUGAAAUUAACACUGAAAAUAUGGUCAGCUCCAUGGAUCCUGACAAACAAGAUUCUCCUCCUCCAAAACCACCAAGGACCCGCAGUUGCCUUGUUGAAGGGGAUGCCAAGGAAGAAAUACUUCAGCCACCAGAACCUCAUCCAGUGCCACCCAUCUUGACACCCUCUCCCCCGUCAGCGUUUCCAACAGUCACUACUGUGUGGCAGGACAAUGACAGAUACCAUCCAAAGCCAGUGUUGCACAUGGUUUCAUCAGAACAACAUUCAACAGACCUCAACAGAAACUAUAAUAAGUCAGCAGAACUUCCAGGGAAAAAUGAACCAGCUAUUGAACAGAUGGAUAAAAAAUUGGAGCGAAAUUUAAGUUUUGAGAUUAAGAAGGUCCCCCUCCAAGAGGGACCAAAAAGUUUUGAUGGGAACACACUCUUGAAUAGGGGACAUGCAAUUAAAAUUAAAUCGACUCCACCUUGUAUAGCUGAUAAAACCUCUAAGUCCCAGGAAUUGAGUUCAGGGGAUCUUAAAGUAGAUGAUAUUUCUCAGAAUUCUUGUGUGGACUGCAGCGCAACACAGUCAAAUAAAGUUCCGGGUGUUCCACCAGAAGAAUCACAGAAGAAUUCAGGCACACCUCCCAGGCCAGACCGCUUGCCUCUUGAUGAGAAAGGACAUGUAAUGUGGUCUUUUCAUGGACCUGAAAAUACCCUACCCAUGCCUGAGUCAUCUGAAGGAAAACCCUCAGAUCUCCACUGUCAAACGAUGAAAACUGUGAGUUUAACACCAAGCCCCACAACACCAGUUGACACCCAUGAUCCUGCAGAUCAUCAUAACAGCUCGCCUCUCUUUAGAGCACCCCUCAGUUUUACUAAUCCUCUUCACUCUGAUGACUCGGACUCAGAUGAAAGGAACUCUGACGGUGCCAUGACCAAGAAUAAAACUAGUAUUUCAACAGCAAGUGCCACAGUUUCUGCUGCCACUAGUACUGAAAGCAUUUCUACAAGGAAAGUAUUGCCAAUGUCCAUUGCUAGACAUGAUAUAGCAGGAACAAUACAUUCAGGUGCUGAAAAAGAUGUUGAUGUUAGUGAAGAUUCACCUCCUCCCCUACCUGAAAGAACUCCUGAAUCCUUUGUGUUAGCAAGUGAACAUAAUACACCUAUGAGAUCUGAAUGGAGUGAACCUCAAAGUCAGGAACAGUCUGAACAAAAAGUAUCUGAAGGCUUGACAACCCCUGGAAGUGAAAAAUGUGAUCAUCCAGCAGGAGGUAUUCACACAGAGACUUGUACAGAAUGUCCACCUAUUUUCAGUAACAAGAAAGACCAACUAUCAGAAAGUCCAACAGAGGCCACAGAUAUUGGUUUUCGUAAUCGCUGUGGAAAACCCAAAGGACCAAGAGAUCCACCUUCAGAAUGGACAUGAUUCAGGGAGCUAACAGACACUUUAAAUUAGACUGGAAAAUUCAAGUGCCACUGAAAGCCAGAUUUAUAGUAUUCCAUCUUAAAAACAUGGGACUAACAGCAGUGUAGAUUGUUGCCUUAGUAUUUUUUUUUGCUAGGACCAUCUACCUGCCUUAUACUACACUUAGGAAAAAGUAUUACAUAUGGUUUAUUUUGUAACUUCAAGUAUUAUUGCCUUAAUGUCUCUUAACCCUGUUACACGCUGCUUGUAGACAUGUUAAUAUAGUAAUACUUUUAUGAUAAAUUGAGUUUAAGGACUACUCUUUUGCUAAUGUUUUAUCAUGUAUGCAUUAUUUUGUAUAUGUACAGGGCAAGUAGGUAUAUAAUUUGAUAAAGUUGCAGUCAUAAAAUAUUAUUAACAGAAGAUGUAAGAAAUUUCUGCAUGGUCUAAAUCUUUGUGUACCUUAUUUGUAAAUUAUUUGCCCUGAAGUUUUAGAAAAUAGUUUCUGAAUUUUAAAAUUGCUGGAUUCAUGCAGCCAGCGUUGCAGGUUAUCAGAGAUCAAAGAUUGUAAUAAUAAUACAUUUUGUAAAUUGUAAGCAAAAAGUUAUUUUUAUAUUAUAUACUGUCUAAUUGUC